AUGUCGAAACGAACAACACAUCCAACCUCUGGGCCGCUGUACGCGCUAGGCCUAGAGGGCAGCGCCAACAAGCUCGGCAUUGGCGUCCUCUCCCACGACCCGACCGCCAGCACCACGACCAUCCUCUCCAACGUGCGCCACACGUUUGUCUCGCCACCGGGCACGGGAUUCCUGCCCAAGGACACGGCGCUCCACCACCGACGACACUUUGCGCCCGUGGCCCUGGCGGCCCUGCGCGACGCCGGCAUCCGGCCGGACCAGCUCUCGUGCAUCUGCUUCACCCAGGGGCCCGGCAUGGGGGCGCCGCUGACCUCGGUGGCCGUGGGCGCGCGCGCCCUGUCGCUGCUCUGGGACAAGCCCCUCGUCGGCGUCAACCACUGCGUCGGCCACAUUGAGAUGGGCCGCGUCAUCACGGGCGCCUCCAACCCCGUCGUCCUGUACGUCAGCGGCGGCAACACCCAGGUCAUUGCCUAUGCCUCCCAGCGGUACCGCAUCUUUGGCGAGACCCUCGACAUUGCCGUCGGCAACUGCAUCGACCGCUUUGCCCGCACCCUGCGCAUCCCCAAUGAUCCCUUCCCCGGGUACAAUGUCGAGCAGCUGGCCAAGAAGGCGUCGGAAAACGGCCGCACCCCCGUCUUGCUCGAUCUGCCCUAUGCCGUCAAGGGUAUGGACUGCAGCUUCAGCGGCAUCCUGGCCGCCGCCGACAUCAUGGCCGCGCAAAUGUUUGCCCAGGACAAGGUCCUCGCCGAGGGCGGGAGCCUCAAGGACGGCGAGGUACGCAUCACGCCUGCUGACCUCUGCUUCACGUUGCAGGAAAACGUUUUUGCCAUGCUCGUCGAAAUCACGGAGCGGGCCAUGGCGCACGUUGGAUCGCGGCAGGUCCUCGUCGUUGGUGGUGUCGGCUGCAAUGAGAGGCUCCAGGAAAUGAUGGGUCAGAUGGCUGCUGAUAGAGGUGGCAGUGUUUAUGCAACAGACGAGAGAUUCUGUAUUGACAAUGGAAUUAUGAUCGCCUUGGCUGGUCUGCUGGCCUGGGAGACGGGAUAUGAAACAAAGCUAGAAGAUAGCAUGUGUACACAAAGAUUUAGGACGGACGAGGUACACAUAGCAUGGAGAGAGGAUUAG